GCCCAACCUGGCCUUUUGGGCAACCAUGCUACAUUUGAGAGGAACUUUUCUGAGCAGAUCGCCAAAGGCUCAAAGAGGAACGCCUCGCGCUUUGCAGUGGAGCUCAAGGUAGGCAUGAACAAAUGGCAAUGUUUCUGCUAUGCUUGUGGAAAAGGUGCAAAGCUCGAGGGGGCACCAAAUGUGGUAUGGAGGUGCGGGCAUCCGCUGCUGUGCCUGUGCAGGGCUAAGCCUUUACAAGUCGGCUUUGCAGUUGGCUUUUACAAGUUGGCUUUUCAAGUUGCAAGUGCCAGUGCACAGCAGAGGCCCCAGGACGAGUACAAUCAAUGGCGAGCCAGUCGCAGCCCGGUCCCACAAGCUGCACCAGAACCUCGAGAAGUCACAGACACUCAGGAGGCGCCCGAGUGUCAUGAGCUUCUACCGCGCCUUCGAGCUCUUUUGCCAAACUCUGCUCAGGGUGCCGCUCUACUAUCCACGAAACUGAGAGUGCUCUCAGUAUUGCUGCCCCAACUGCAAAAAAGAGGUCAUCGCUGCCUGAUUUUCUCCCAAAGUGUGAGGAUGCUUGAUCUUAUCCAGGGCUGUGUGCUCAGAGUGUUAGGGCUGAAGUUCUUGCGCAUCGACGGCAGCAUCGACGCAAAGGAUAGAGAUUUGAAGCUGCAGAAGUUUCAGCAAGAAGACUCCAGAUAUUUUGCUUUGUGUUUAAGCAUGCAGGUUGGUGGUACUGGACUCACCGUCACUGGUGCGAAUCGAGUGAUCCUGGUUGACCCAGCAUGGAAUCCAUCAGCAGAUGCUCAAGCAAUCGACAGAGUUCAUCGAAUAGGACAGAAGCAGGAGGUGGUUGUGUACCGCCUGAUUGGCUCUGGUGCCAUCGAAGACAAGAUGUUUCGCCUUCAAAUCUUUAAGGGCGGCCUCUCAAAGACGUUUAUGGAACAUGAGCAGCAAGUACGUUUUUUUACGCACAAGCAGCUGAAGUCUCUCUUUGAGCAGCCGAAUCAGUCGACCUCAACGCAGUCGCUGAUGGCUGAACAAAUUGGAACAGAAGCCUUGGAGCACGAAGACCUGCUCAGAGUGGUUGCUGCAGAUGUUGGUAGCACUGAUGAUCCUCAAGCUUUGGCAUUUUGGCAGAGCUCUGAUGUUCUGGGAUUCUCAGACUACCAAAGACUGUUUAUGUUCCUAGAGCAUGCAGAUGCUGCAGAACAAGAGGCAGUGGAACAAGCCAAGGAACUAGCAGCCAGGCUCAAAAGUGAGGAGUAUGUGAAAGACCAGGUGAUCCAGGGGAAAUGGCGAGGAGACAGAUCUGCUGCGAAGGAAAACUUGCCACCUCAAACGGAGUCUUGCCCGCUUCAUGAUGGCUGA